AGAAGAAACAAGGACUACAUUUCCCAGCAUGGCUGAGGAAGCCCUCCGUGUGGGAGGGGGAGGGAGCGCGGAAAGGGCUUGGCGGAGAGCGGUGUAGCCUGCUGCCUAGCGCGAGCUCGGGCGUGUAAGAUGGCGACGGAGGGAACAGUUCUGCUCUGAGGAGGAAGAGGAAGAGGAGGCUACUGCACUGUUGCAGAUGGUUGGUUCCACAAGCGCCCGCUGAGGGGGAGCUGCGCUUGCCGGCGGUGGCCGAAAGGGGGCCGCGGAAGGGGCUUCAAAGGGGCCUCGAAGGGAGAGGCGAAGAAGGAGAAGAAGAAGGUGUCAGUCAGGUAGCGCCGCCUCUGCUUCGCUCGCUCUCGGCUCUUUGCCGGCGGCCAAGACGCCUCCAUGUCGGACAACCAAAGCUGGAAUUCCUCAGGCUCCGAGGAGGAUCCCGAGACCGAGUCCGGGCCGCCUGUUGAACUCUGCGGAGUCCUCAGUAAGUGGACCAACUACAUCCAUGGGUGGCAGGACCGGUGGGUGGUCUUGAAGAACAACACUUUAAGUUACUACAAGUCUGAAGAUGAAACAGAAUAUGGCUGCAGGGGAUCAAUCUGUUUGAGUAAGGCUGUCAUUACACCCCAUGAUUUUGAUGAGUGUAGAUUUGAUAUCAGCGUAAAUGACAGUGUUUGGUACCUACGGGCUCAGGAUCCAGAUCAUAGGCAACAGUGGAUAGAUGCAAUUGAACAACACAAGACUGAAUCUGGCUAUGGAUCCGAAUCAAGUUUGCGGCGCCAUGGCUCUAUGGUGUCUCUUGUGUCUGGAGCAAGUGGGUACUCUGCAACAUCAACCUCUUCAUUCAAGAAGGGUCACAGUUUGCGUGAGAAGCUUGCUGAAAUGGAAACCUUCAGAGACAUAUUGUGUAGACAGGUCGAUACAUUACAGAAAUACUUUGAUGCCUGUGCUGAUGCUGUCUCCAAGGAUGAGCUUCAGAGAGAUAAAGUGGUAGAAGAUGAUGAGGAUGAUUUUCCCACAACACGCUCUGAUGGAGAUUUUUUGCACAAUAGUAAUUGUAGUAAAGAAAAAUUGUUUCCUCAUGUAACGCCCAAAGGAAUAAAUGGCAUAGACUUCAAAGGUGAAGCUAUAACUUUCAAGGCAACAACGGCCGGAAUUCUUGCUACACUUUCCCAUUGCAUUGAGCUAAUGGUAAAACGUGAGGAGAGUUGGCAGAAAAGAUUGGAUAAGGAGGUUGAAAAAAGGAGAAGAAUAGAAGAAGCAUACAAAAAUGCUAUGACAGAGCUUAAAAAGAAGUCGCAUUUUGGAGGACCAGAUUAUGAGGAAGGUCCCAACAGUCUAAUUAAUGAGGAAGAAUUCUUUGAUGCUGUUGAAGCUGCACUUGAUAGGCACGAUAAAAUAGAAGAACAGUCUCAGUGUGAAAAAGUCCGGUUACACUGGACAUCAUCUUUGCCACCUGGUGAUGCAUUUUCUGGUGUGGGGACGCAUAGAUUUGUCCAAAAGCCCUAUAGUCGCUCUUCUUCCAUGUCUUCCAUUGAUCUAGUCAGUGCCUCUGAUGAUGUUCACAGAUUCAGCUCUCAGGUGGAGGAGAUGGUGCGAAACCACAUGACAUACUCUUUACAGGAUGUGGGAGGGGAUGCAAAUUGGCAGCUGGUAGUUGAAGAAGGUGAAAUGAAGGUGUAUAGGAGGGAAGUAGAAGAAAAUGGCAUUGUUCUAGAUCCUUUGAAAGCCACACAUUCAGUCAAAGGGGUGACCGGGCAUGAAGUCUGCCACUAUUUCUGGAAUGUUGAUGUUCGUAAUGACUGGGAAACAACCAUUGAAAAUUUCCACGUUGUUGAAACCUUAGCCGAUAAUGCAAUCAUAAUCCACCAGACACAUAAGCGAGUAUGGCCGGCUUCUCAACGUGAUGUCUUGUAUUUAUCUGCAAUUAGAAAAAUACCAACUUCCAACGAAAAUGAAGAUGAAACAUGGAUUGUCUGUAAUUUCUCUGUAGAGCACGACAAUGCCCCUUUGAACAAUCGAUGUGUUCGUGCCAAAAUAAAUAUUGCUAUGAUCUGUCAGACGUUGGUGAGCCCACCAGAAGGAAACAAGAAAAUAAGCAGAGACAACAUCCUAUGCAAGAUUACAUAUGUAGCAAAUGUGAACCCUGGUGGCUGGGCCCCAGCUUCUGUGUUACGAGCCGUAGCUAAACGAGAGUAUCCCAAAUUUUUGAAACGGUUCACAUCAUAUGUGCAAGAGAAGACGGCAGGAAAGCCUAUUUUGUUCUAGCAUUUGGAGUGAUCGGAACAAGGCUGUGUGAACAUUCCACAUUGGAGAAAUGAACCAAAAUGAAUACUCCAAGCAGGAACGUAGGAUCUACAGUCUUAUGACCCAAGUCCUGGAUUCUGUAUUCAGCUGAAGAAAUCUUCAGUGCCAUGAAGCUGAACUUUCACUAUCUUCUGCUAGCUUACUUUGCUCAAUUGGUGUGUAAUUAUAAAAAUACAUGUUUCGAUACAUGUAUAUGGCUUAUUUUAUUUGCUUGAUGUAGAGGAAAAAAACACAGCUUUGGGUCACCAACUUGGUUUAUUGCUUUAACUUAUGAAUAAUUUGAAAAGCUUUUUAUUUUCUGUGGAACUUCAUACGACACUUGCACAGCUCUUGUUUUUGUGUAUGCCUAAAAAGCACAAAUGAGAAAUGCACAUAUAGCAUGUGCUUUAUGUACACAAAAACCUGUGUGUUGUAACUUCCCCCGCCAGGUUUUCUGUAAACUGCGUGUCCAUCUGGAGGGGAUUUGUGUUUGCUUUGUAUAAUCAUAGUUCACUGCUGCUGGUUUCUAUGAUAAAUCAUCUUAUGUCUUUGAAAAUAUGAGGGCGGUCAAAAUCCUUAUUAUGACUUUGCCUUUUCUAUGGUCCUGCUUCCUAUGAAGACCUUUCAGGCUCUGAUGAAGUAGGUGUGAAAAGCUUUAUUUUUCCCCAGAUAUCUUUAUAUUUCUAUCGUAUUUUUUAGUUGUGUAAUAUGUACUACAGAGAUUUGAUUAUUGAACAUGAUCCAGGAAUUUCUGAGCAGAAACCAUUCAAGAGGGCAUAACUGCCAGAGAGUGCCACAGCAAUGUCUCCUUGCCUGUAUUAGGUCUGAGGGGCCUUUUUUCUUGCGAUUUGGUUUCCUGAACCUGCGGAAAGUGACACUGUAUGUGAGUUAAGGAAAGCAAAUUGGACUCGAGAAGAUAACAUUCCCAACCUUGAAGAAAGAACAAACAUGCAGUUUUCCGGUGCUGCGUCUUUGUUUUUUCUGUCAAAUAAAGCUGUGUUAUGAAGUUCACAUAGAAAACUUUUUACACAUGUAAUAUUUGAGCCAUGCCCUGCAAUGUAAAGUGUAAAACCCAUAAAACCCAGAUGCAAAAGUUCCCCUUAGGUGCUGUGAGAACUUCACUUUAAAGGAUCUGCCAGUCUUCAGUACUAAGAAACUAACAUGAAGAGUAAACUGUAGAUAGAGCUGAUAGUCCUUUUAAGAAAUUGCCUCGCUUGGUGGUGGUGCUUUUAAAUGGAGAUUAUUCAGAUGAUUUUUUUAGCUGUUUGAGCAGCUUGUGUGUAUAUAUAUAGAAAGAAAGAGAUGAGAUUUGGAUAUAUUUUUGGAAAGAGAGCAGAAAGUCUUAUUUCAUAUAGAGUAGCUCAUGCCUGAAAACAAAGACAGUACUUUUUAAUGAAGAUGCAGCUAAUGAAAAUCUUUGAGGUUGGAAGCAAAUUCUUUCAGUUAUGGCAGGUGUUCCUUUGGUACACUCUGGUGACAUGUGAAGGUUGAUUAAUGCACAUACAGUCAGUUUUCAUGCUUUUUAGAUUUCCUUUAUUUGCCUUUCUCUAAAUAAUGUGCAUGGAAUAUGCCUUAUUGCAGAGUAACUCUGAUCAUGAUUUGAAAAUGUAGAAAAGUGCCUAUGGGGUAAUGCUAGUAAGGCAAAUAAGUCAAGAAAUUUGAUCUGUUUACUAUAUCACCAGUAAGCAUUUUAUAUACAUUUUCUUAUACCUCAGAUAUGUUUGAUCUUUUUACAAUCAACUGGAAAAAAAUUAUUAGUUCACCAUAGCCACUGAUGGGAACUUCAACAAAAGAAUAAUGUUUAAGCCCUGAACACAAAACUUACCAUUUCUGGUAAUGAUCAUGAAACACAUGCAAGUAAUUUUAAUUUAAUUGGAUAGCUUUAUUUUACAAAGAGAUGGAAAGUUUACAAAGCAGUAUAUAAAUCUUAAUAUCAUUAGUUGCAUUUGCACUAAAUGUGAUGUAUUUUGCAAUUCUGUAAAUAAAUAUUACACUAAAGAUACUAUUUGUAAAGAAUACCUUUUACUUUUAGACAAGUGGUGUCGCUUCAUUUGAGCUAGCCCUGCCCAGUUGAUCAUGGAAGUCCAUGGUAAGAGCUGGAUGCAACAUAAAAACCUUUCCCAAGAACUUCUUGGCAAAAAGCUAAUGGGCUUCAUCAGUACAUACCAGUCAAGUCGGUGUUGUGUCCUUUCUUUCAGAAUAGAAUUUCUUUCUUUUCCCUCUUUUGACAGAGUCUUUUUAAAUUUGUCGUUCUGUCUUUCUGAUAUACAUUCUGUCAACCAGUGUCCUCUUUUGCUUUUGGUAGUAAAUGAUGAGCCAGCACUCCUGUCCCUUUCAUUUUGUAUGAACUAUUACUUAAUCUGUGGAUCCAGAGCCUUCUCCAAAGGAAGCUUUAUGUUCUCAGCAUCUGUUGCCUUGAAAGCCUGAAAUCUGCCACUCCCUCACAAAUAUUUCUAUCAAAUGCUGGACUUAACUCCUUUUAUGUAGUUGUGAGUGAGUUGGGGAGAAAGUCAGGAAACAAGGGCUCUUCAUUUCUAUCAGAUUUUUAAACCAUUUUUAUUUAUUUUUUAUUUUUUGCACUCUGACUAAAUCUUACACAUUUCUUGUGGGAAACGCUAUUUCACAUUAAAAGAAGUUUGUUUUACCUUAUUGGGCUAAGCUGGUUCAUAAAGAGGUUGUACUGGUUCACUUGAAUCAAAUUGUCAAGUCGAACUUUCACUGAUCUUUUUGUCAACUGUUGUAUAGAUGAAGCUGUUUUUGAGUUGCCACUGUUCAUCUACAUACUCAAAACAUGAAUCAGUUUUUAGAGUAUCUUGAGUGUGUAGAGUGUGACUGUUCUAUGAUAGCUUUAUGAUCCUGUUAACUUUAAAGAAAAAUCUACAUGGAGAUGGCUCUUCCAUGUUACAAUCACAGAUUUAAAAGCCAGUAUUUAAAAAUGAAAAGUAUUAAAAAGAUAUUACAAACAAA